CGUUCUUUCUUUCUCUCAUCCUGAAGAUGGCGGCAGGGACUCUGUACACGUAUCCAGAGAACUGGCGGGCCUUCAAGGCUCAGAUUGCAGCCCAGUACAGCGGUGCUCGCGUGAAAGUGGCCAGCAACCCCCCUGCCUUCACCUUCGGGCAGACGAACCGUGCUCCUGCCUUCCUCAACAACUUCCCUCUGGGCAAGGUACCUGCCUACCAGGGAGAUGACGGCUUCUGUCUGUUUGAGAGUAAUGCCAUUGCUCACUACUUGAGCAAUGAUGCCCUGCGUGGUGCCACUCCCCAGGCCGCAGCCCAGGUGCUGCAGUGGGUGAGCUUCGCUGACUCAGAGAUUAUCCCUCCAGCCAGCGCAUGGGUCUUCCCCACUCUGGGAAUCAUGCAGUUCAACAAGCAGGCCACAGAGCAGGCCAAGGAGGAUGUGAAGAAGGCCCUUGCAGUGCUGAACCAACACCUGAACACCCGUACCUUCCUGGUGGGAGAAAGGAUCAGCCUUGCUGACAUCACUGUGGCCUGCUCCAUGCUCUGGCUUUACAAACAGGUCCUUGAGCCUUCUUUCCGUCAGCCUUAUGCCAACGUGAGCCGUUGGUUUGUCACCUGUGUCAACCAGCCCCAGUUCAAGGCUAUCCUUGGGGAGGUCAAGCUGUGUGAAAAGAUGGCCCAGUUUGAUGCCAAGAAGUUUUCUGAGAUGCAGCCCAAGAAAGAGACCCCCAUGAAGAAAGAGAAGGGAGGCAAGGAGGCAGCCAAGCCCCAGGAGAAAAAGGAAAAGAAAAAGGAAGAAAAGAAGCCUGCACCAGAAGAGGAGAUGGAUGACUGCGAUGCUGUUUUGGCCGCUGAGCCCAAAACCAAGGACCCUUUUGCCCACCUGCCAAAGAGCGCGUUUGUCAUGGAUGAGUUCAAGAGGAAGUACUCCAACGAGGACACCUUAAAAGUAGCCAUUCCCCACUUCUGGGAGCACUUUGACACUGAGGGUUACUCCAUCUGGUACUGCCAGUACAAAUACUCCGAAGAGCUCACACAGACCUUCAAGAGCUGCAACCUCAUCACAGGCAUGUUUCAGCGCCUGGACAAACUUAGAAAGAACGCCUUUGCCAGUGUCCUUUUGUUUGGCACCAACAACGACAGCAGCAUCUCUGGGAUCUGGAUCUUCAGAGGCCAGGAGCUGGCUUUCCCUCUGUCUAGCGACUGGCAGAUCGACUACGAGUCAUAUGACUGGCGCAAGCUGGAACCAAACAGUGAGGAGUGCAAGACCAUGGUAAAAGAAUACUUUGCCUGGGAGGGAGACUUUAAGCAUGUAGGUAAAGCCGUCAACCAGGGCAAGGUCUUCAAGUGAGAGGGCACUGGGACAGUCUGAAUAAAAGCACUCUGCCUCUGCUCUCCAACACUUAAAACCUAUGGACUUUUAGCCAUCAUGUGCUUACUAAACUGCAACAAUGACUUGGAAUGACAGUGUUUGAAGACAAGUGUGAUUUUGUCUCAAUGGCCCCAUACUGGCUUUCUGUUUGAGCUGCGAAAUAAAGCAUUUUCCACAAUGCCCUUCA